AUGGAACCGCUCUUCAAGGCUGCUGCAUAUGAGGGACACAUAGGGACUGUGCAGCUCUUACUCAACUCAGGUGCACAGGUGGAUCUGGUCUCAGGACACUUUGGAACUGCUCUUCAGGCUGCUGCAUAUGAGGGACACAUAGGGACUGUGCAGCUCUUACUCAACUCAGGUGCACAGGUGGAUCUGGUCUCAGGACACUUUGGAACUGCUCUUCAGGCUGCUGCAUUUAGGGGAAACACAGAACCUGUGCAGCUUCUACUUAGCUCCGGUGCACAGGUGGAUCUGGUCUCAGGACACUUUGGAACUGCUCUUCAGGCUGCUGCAUAUGGGGGACCUACAGAAACUGUUCAGCUCCUACUCAGCUCAGGUGCACAGGUGAAUUUGGUUGCAGGGUACUAUGGAACUGCUCUUCAGGCUGCUGCAGCUCAGGGACACACAGAGACAGUGCAGCUCUUGCUUAACACAGGUGCACAGGUAGAUCUGGUUGCAGGGUAUGAUGAAACUGCUCUUCAGGCUGCUGCAUAUUGGGGACGCACAGGCAUAGUGGAGCUCCUGCUCAUCUCAGGUGCAAAUGUGAAUUUAGUUGCAGGAUACUCUGGAACUGCUCUGCAGGCCGCUGCAACUGUGGGACACAUAGAAACUGUGCAGCUUCUACUUAACUCAGAUGCAUAUGUGGAUCUAGUUGGAGGACAUUUUGGCACUGCUCUUCAGGCUGCUGCAUAUCAGGGAGGCACAGAGACUGUGCAACUCUUACUCAACUCAGGUGCACAGGUGGAUCAGGUUGCAGGGUACUAUGGAACUGCUCUUCAGGCUGCUGCAUAUUGGGCACCUACAGAAACUGUUCAGCUCCUACUUAACUCAGGUGCACAGGUAGAUCUGGUUGCAGGACACUAUGGAACCGCUCUUCAAGCUGCUGCAUAUGAGGGACACAUAGGGACUGUGCAGCUCUUACUCAACUCAGGUGCACAGGUGGAUCUGGUCUCAGGACACUUUGGAACUGCUCUUCAGGCUGCUGCAUAUGAGGGACACAUAGGGACUGUGCAGCUCUUACUCAACUCAGGUGCACAGGUGGAUCUGGUCUCAGGACACUUUGGAACUGCUCUUCAGGCUGCUGCAUUUAGGGGAAACACAGAACCUGUGCAGCUCCUACUUAGCUCAGGUGCACAGGUGGAUCUGGUCUCAGGACACUUUGGAACUGCUCUUCAGGCUGCUGCAUCCGGGGGAAACUUGAACACAGCAACUGUCCAGCUCCUACUCAACACAGGUGCACAGGUGGAUCUGGUUGCAGGGUACUAUGGAACUGCUCUUCAGGCUGCUGCAUUUGGGGGACAUAUAGAAACUGUGCAGCUCUUGCUCAAUGCAGGUGCACAGGUGGAUCUGGUCUCAGGACACUUUGGAACUGCUCUUCAGGCUGCUGCAUCCGGGGGAAACUUGAACACAGCAACUGUCCAGCUCCUACUCAACACAGGUGCACAGGUGGAUCUGGUUGCAGGGUACUAUGGAACUGCUCUUCAGGCUGCUGCAUUUGGGGGACAUAUAGAAACUGUGCAGCUCUUGCUCAAUGCAGGUGCACAGGUGGAUCUGGUCUCAGGACACUUUGGAACUGCUCUUCAGGCUGCUGCAUAUCAGGGACACACAGAGACUGUCCAGCUCCUGCUUAACUCAGGUGCACAGGUAGAUCUGGUUACAGGUGAGUAUGGAACCGCUCUUCAAGCUGCUGCAUAUGAGGGACACAUAGGGACUGUGCAGCUCUUACUCAACUCAGGUGCACAGGUGGAUCUGGUCUCAGGACACUUUGGAACUGCUCUUCAGGCUGCUGCAUAUCAGGGACACACAGAGACUGUCCAGCUCCUGCUUAACUCAGGUGCACAGGUAGAUCUGGUUACAGGGGAGUAUGGAACCGCUCUUCAAGCUGCUGCAUAUGAGGGACACAUAGGGACUGUGCAGCUCUUACUCAACUCAGGUGCACAGGUGGAUCUGGUCUCAGGACACUUUGGAACUGCUCUUCAGGCUGCUGCAUUUGGGGGACAUAUAGACACUGUGCAGCUCUUGCUCAAUGCAGGUGCAAAUGUACAUCUAGUUACAGGGGAGUAUGGAACUGCUCUUCAGGCUGCUGCAUCCAGGGGAAACACAGAGACUGUGCAGCUCUUACUCAACUCAGGUGCACAGGUAAAUCUGGUUGCAGGUUACUAUGGAACUGCUCUUCAGGCUGCUGCAUCUCUUGGAUUUACAGAAACUAUCAAGCUCCUGCUUGACUCAGGUGCACAGGUGGAUCAGGUUGCAGGGUACUAUGGAACUGCUCUUCAUGCUGCUGCAUAUGAGGGACAUACAGAGACUGUGCAGCUCCUGCUCAACUCAGGUGCACAGGUGGAUCUAGUUGCUGGAAAGUACAGAACACCUUUGCUGGCCGCCUUAUAUUCUUUCAAUUCCCCUUGGAGGCCCCUCAACACUACUAACAUCUAUCACAUUAUCUCCACUCUCCUCAUUGCUGGUGCAAAAAGCAAAUAUCCAGUCAUCUACAACCCAGUAACACAAAAUACCAUCUGGUCUCUUCUCUUGAGACCACAUAAGGGAAACCAUAUCUGGACCCCUGACAAACCAUUGAUCUGCACCAUGUGUGAUUUGGCCUGUGGGAUGGCUGUCUCUGGCACUACACCAGAUCAUCCUCACUUGUACUAUGAUGAUGAUAAGAAUGAUGCUGAUGGUAAUAAUAACGUGGAUUAG